AUGAAGUAACACCUGGAAAGCUUGACAAGGAGUAGCGAGAAGAACCAGAGCCUCCGCAGGAAUGGAUGCUAUGACAAUUGAUAUCUUUCACAAAAGAGACAGAACUGACAAAUUAUCUGCAAUGGCAAAAUGAUAGAAUGUCUUGGACACAUUAAAGCACAGCUUGUGCAAUGGAUGGGACAGUUAACUCAAGAAGCUGAGCUGCGUAUUAAACCUAAAAGUGCGGAUUAUUAUUAAACUGAUGUCUACGGAACAGUUCAAGAUCCAGUAGGUGAAUAGUUUAAAAGAAUCUUAUGCACCUAAAAGAUAAAAUGUAAUUGUCUUAACGAAAGAGGGUUUAAAAAAAAAAAGCAGACUGCAAGAUAAGCAACAAUACUGUAAUUAUUUCAGUCGUCUGCUUUGGGCUGCAUUAUGCUGACAUUGCAAAUGUUGUCAUCUGUCUGAUGAAGUUCUUAGAUUCUGAUUGUCUUUGAUAGAGCCUGUCAGUUUAAUGUUGUGUGUGAUCACAAUAGCUGUCAGCCAUCAUAUACUGUAGGGACAGCUGAGUCCCACUUCGACUCAGGAGGGAGGAGGGUUCCCUUCAUGCACCCCCUCUCUGCUGUAAUGUUAUGAAGAAUGGAAGAAGAAAUCUGAAUAAUAAACACUGACUGGAAAACGUUUGCUACAAAGGUAGAAGAUACCUAGUCUGUAGUUCCUGAGUGGUAAUUCCCCUUCUAGUUCUAGACUUCCUCACUUCCUGUAUUAUAGGUCCUUUUACACAAGCUGAGAGCUGCUUAAUCCACAGCUAAAGACAUAUCUUAUUUGAUGAAAGAGACAGCAGCCUUGUAACUUCAUGCAGCUCAAGAUGGACUUGCCACAUUACAGAAAUGGUUUCAGUGUGUAGAAGAGGACUUUCAUAUUGGUGAAAUGCUUGAGACAUCUAUUUAGUCUAUUUAUAUCCUGCGGAGAGUCCAUCGGCCUCAUUAUGGAUGAGAACAAUGGCUCUGCAGAGAGUCUCCAGCUAAGCCAAGGACGGCACAAUGCCAUUAAGUGUGGGUGGCUGCGGAAGCAAGGAGGCUUUGUCAAGACUUGGCACACACGCUGGUUUGUUCUCAAGGGGGACCAGCUUUAUUAUUUCAAAGAUGAAGAUGAAACCAAACCCUUGGGUGCCAUUUUCCUGCCUGGAAACCGAGUAAUUGAGCAUCCUGGCAAUGAAGAAAGCCCAGGGAAGUUCCUCUUUGAAGUUAUUCCAGGAGGAGACCGAGAGCGGAUGACAGCUCAUCAUGAGACAUACCUCCUUAUGGCCAGCACACAGAAUGACAUGGAGGACUGGGUGAAAUCCAUUCGCAGAGUUAUAUGGGCACCUUUUGGAGGAGGUAUCUUUGGACAGAAGCUGGAAGACACAGUCCGGUAUGAGAAGCGAUAUGGGAACCGUCUGGCUCCCAUGUUGGUGGAGCAGUGUGUGGAUUUUAUCCGACUGCGGGGGCUGAAGGAGGAAGGACUCUUUCGACUUCCGGGCCAGGCUAACCUUGUCAAAGAGUUACAGGAUGCAUUUGACUGUGGAGAGAAGCCAUCGUUUGACAGCAGUACGGAUGUGCACACGGUGGCAUCGCUUCUCAAACUGUAUCUAAGAGAACUCCCAGAACCGGUUAUCCCCUAUGCAAAAUAUGAGGAUUUUCUUUCCUGCGCCAAAUUGCUCAGCAAGGAAGAGGAAACGGGGGUGAAGGAAUUAAUGAAACAAGUAAAGAGUCUGCCACCUGUCAAUUACAAUCUACUGAAAUAUAUCUGUAGAUUCCUGGAUGAAGUCCAGUCCUAUGCGGGUGUAAACAAAAUGAGUGUGCAAAACCUGGCUACUGUAUUUGGUCCCAACAUCCUACGCCCAAAAGUGGAAGAUCCUCUCACCAUCAUGGAGGGUACUGCAGUAGUCCAGCAGCUGAUGUCAGUGAUGAUAAGUGAACAUGAACAGCUAUUUCCCAAGGACACAGACUUUCAGACAGGGGAGGAGGUGUGCAAUAACAACAAUGAGAUCCAGAAGAAAAUGAUCAUUGGUCAGGUCCAGAAUAAAGAGACCAAUAACAACAAGGAGACAGCGGUGAGAAGCUGUUCUUGGGACACACCUGAGCCUCUCCAGAGGGGAAGCAUGGACAAUGGGUCUCCCACAGUGCUGCCAGGGAGCAAGUCAAACAGUCCAAGGAACAGCAUUCACAAACCUGAUGUCACAAGAAGCCCACCUCUCAUGGUGAAAAAAAACCCAGCCUUUAAUAAAGGCAGUGGCAUAGUCACUAAUGGGUCCUUCAGCAGCUCUGUGGAGGGCCAUGAGAAAAGCCAGACCUUACCAAAUGGUACCCUGCAGGCCAGGAGAACAACAUCCCUGAAAGGUCCAGUUACUAAAAUGGGCACACACAGCAUGCAGAAUGGAGGCGUGCGAAUGGGCAUUUCAAGCACAGAUACACACAGCAACUCCCUGAACAGCCGAAACCUGAGCUGGAUGCCCAAUGGGUACGUCACAUUGAGGGACAGUAAACAAAAGGAAUUGGUGAGUGAUUCGGGCCAGCAUAACAGACUCUCCACCUAUGACAAUGUCCACCAGCAGUUCUCCAUGGUGAAUUCAGAUGAUAAACAGAGCGUAGAUAGUGCCACCUGGUCCACAUCCUCUUGUGAAAUAUCCCUGCCCGAACACUCCAACUCCUGUCGAUCGUCUACAACCACCUGCCCCGAGCAAGACUUUUAUGGGGGUAAUUUUGAAGACUCAGUGCUAGAUGGGCCACCACAUGAAGACCUCUCCAACCAAGGAGACUAUGAGAGUAAAACUGACCGAAGAAGCGUGGGAGGACGCAGCAGCCGGGCCACCAGCAGCAGCGAUAACAGUGAAACAUUCGUCUCAAACAACACGAGCAACCACAGUGCUCUGCACAGCCUAGUGUCCAGCUUAAAGCAGGAGAUGGCAAAACAGAAGGUGGAGUAUGAAACAAGGAUAAAGAGCUUCGAACAGAGAAACCUCACCCUUGAGACAGAAAUGAUGACCCUGCAUGAUGAGCUGGACCAGGAAAGGAAGAAGUUUACAAUGGUAGAAAUCAAAAUGCGCAAUGCAGAACGGGCCAAAGAAGAUGCAGAGAAGAGGAACGACAUGCUGCAAAAAGAGAUGGAGCAAUUUUUCUCAACAUUUGGAGAACUAACAGUGGAGCCUCGCAGGCCGGAGAGAGGCAACACCAUAUGGAUUCAGUGAGCAUUCUAAGCUAAGACUGUGGGAUUCUGGGAAGGGAUGUUGGGGGUAUUAUAUUGUUUCAGGUGGCUGGUCACCUGACUGAGGCUAGCACUCAACAAAAUGUUGUAAACCAUUGAAGGAAGAAAUGCCUACAGACAUUAACCACCCAUACCGCAGUGUGUACUUAUCAAGUUAUCAUACUUUUUUUAAUGCUUCAUAAUGCUAGUGUCAAGUGUUACAACUGAAUGUGUAUAUAGAUUUAAAAAAGUCAUCUUAAAGAGAAAGCGAGAGACAUCUCACAAAAUAUUUUAAUGCAAGUCUUGUAUUUAAACUGGUAAAUUGAAAUGUUGUUGCAAUCAAGCUUUAUAUCAAGGCUUUUCUCCCUUGCACUUAACAUAAUAAGCUAUUUUUGGCAUUGUGUUACCAUCAGCUUAUUUUAUCUAUCAAUUUUUUUUGUUACCCUUCUUGCGUGGGGGGGAACUAAAGAUAAACAAAUAUAUAUAAUGUUAGUUAUUAAAACAAGAGGAUAAUGUGUGGCUGUGCUGUUUGUGCCAAUGGACUUGCCCAUGACCAAAAAGAAAAGUGUAAAUAAUUUUAUAAAA